ACAAGUCGAGAACGCUUUCCGACAUAAAAUGGCGACUUACACAUGAGGACGGAAAGUAAUGAAGUAGUCGGCAAUGACAUUUAAGUCAUUAGCAUGUUAUAUUAUUAGGUUACGUUUCACUUGUAUUUUGGAUUUAAUGUUUUAACCGUCUCGAGAGGAUACAUUAUAGAAAGACCAUGAGUGGAUCUGCGAUUCAAGACAAGGUUGCUAGACUGUUGAGCAAGCAGUAUGGGAAACCCGCAAUGAAAGCCGUCAAACCUCUGGCGCUCAAGAAUGAGGUCGCUAACCGCAAGCUGAAGAAAGGAGAGGCCACCUGUGUUACGGAGAUGUCGUUGCUGAUGGCUUGCUGGAAACAGAACGACUUUAACAAUGCACUCUGCUCUAAAGAAGUCUCAACCUUCUACACAUGUGUUGAAAAGGCACAGAUCAAGGCCAAAGGACAGCAAGGAACUCAGGGUCGACUUUUGCCUAAGGAAGCCAACACCUUGUUAAAACGAUUUCCCAACCUGGCCAGUGAGAUCUAGGACCAGUAACAUAGAUUAGUCACAGAAUUGACACUUUUAUUAUCUGAGCUGUAUAGAUGGGGACUUUAGUCUGAGUGUUUUACUGGGCCAGCCAAUUGAUGAGAACAGGGUGUGGAACGGUUUUCUAAAAAACAGCAAUGAAGUUGUCACUGGGAUGCUCACCAAGCAGGUUUUGAAGGCCCUUUUGGUGAUUACUGCAUUUCACUCACCGCACUCCUGUAGGUUGUCCCAUUAAAACAGUACAAACAGAGAAGCUCAGUUCCCUUCACAUACUUAAAGGGAUAGCUCAACCAAAAAUGAAAAUCUGUCACCAUUUACUCCCCCUCAUGUCAUCUUUUGUGCUCAACAGAAGGAAGAAAGUCAUACAGGUUUGAAUUUUUUGGGUAAAAUGACUAUACUAACAUUACUUCCUCAGAUAAUCUGAUUGCUAUUGUAUUGGCUUUUGGUAUUACUUUUUUUUUUUUUUUUAAUCUCUCCUACAUAACUGAGCUGUGACCUGUGAAACCAGACAGUUUGUUUAUUUUACAAUUUUUCUUCCUGUCUCAUGUUGUGUCCACAAUAUAAUUAGUCUCAGCCAUUUUCAAUUAUCAGAAAAUGGAGAUCAAGGGAGAAGUACUUAGUGCCGGAUCACGUUACAUGCCAGGACAAAGUGUAUUGGUUUUGACCAUGAAAACUCUGCAAUAAAGAUUGAAAUAACUCA